UGCGACGGCAAUUCAACAAAGGAUUUUACUGAGUCGACGCGAAAAUGUUUUGGCUUUACUCUUUCAGAGAUCAUUCUAAAAGAUCGUCAUAAUUGGUCCAAGUAACGUCUCUCGUAUAAACAAAUGAAUAAUUUUAGUAGUUAGUAAUUUGAAUCUGGCUCAUUUGCCUCAGUGACAGUUUAUUGUCUGCUCAUGUCGAACCGCGUGCUGAACGAAGGUUUCCGCAAACCAUCUGUUUAAACUGGAGUUGCUGCAGUGGUGGACAAGUCGACAAACAUGGCAUCAGCUUUGUACGAGAAUGUCGGAGAAUGGCGCACAAAUGUGGAAUCAAGAGACAUGCUCUCAUCAGACGAAACUGAGCCGUCUGAUUUCAAGGGAGAUGCUAAAGAUCACGACGAUGAAUAUGAAGAGGUAAGCCCAAAACAAAAUUCCUUAAAAGAAACAUCUGAGAAUACCUCACUCGCCAAAGAAAAUAGCCACCAACAUCAUGAAAUCAUCGGUAACGCCAUCAACGGCAACGGCAUCCAUGAAAUACACCGUGAGGAUCCACACAGCUAUGAUGAUCGAGACGAUGAGGGAAAUGUAAAAGAUGAUAUCGACGACGGUCAGGUCAAUGGAGAGGAAAAUUACAAUGACAGAGCAGCUGCUGAAACAAAUGAAGAUGACCGUGCUCCUCCAGUACCAUACUACGGAAGAACUCUUGUGGCCCCGGAAUACAUGAAUUUUCAGCUUGAGGAGGCAUCUCAGAAAGAAGAGAAAACCGCAGAGGACGACAACGAUAAUGAGAUCAUUGUCGCUGAUGAGUCAUCAGAUGAGCUGGGCUCUCCCAGAGCAGAAGAAGAAAUUCCUGACCAAACAAUUCAGAAGGAGGUUUUAGAAGAAGACGACAUAACGUUGUCUGAAGAGGAGUCAGAUGAAGAUGAAGAUGGUAACAUUGAGGAAGAAGACCAGAGGGUAAAAGUUAAUUGUUAUGUCGAAGAGCAGUAUGAGAAAGAAGAACAGGAAGAGGAGGAAGAAGACGAAGAGGACCUGGAGGAAGAAGAGGGGAAGGAAGAGGAAAAUACUGCAGGCGAGAACUCCAAGCAUACUCCAGAGGUUUAUAGUGUAGGCUCGCCACAGCUGGCUCAAGCAGAAAAUGAUGAGGAAGAAGAUGAGGAAGGAAAUGAAUACGAUGAAAUGCAGGAAGGGAGCUCAUUAAAAGAAGAAGUAGAAGUUGAAGAACAGGAAACUACGGAAGAGGAUGGACAGCAGGCAACUCAUAGCAAAAGCAGUCUUCAGUUGGCCGAGACAGAUGAUGACUAUGAGCAUGAUGAAGAAAUAGACAUAGAGACCACGAAUGAGUGCAGUCUUAAGCACUCGGAUUCUCUGAAAGUACAGGUGGCUUCAUCACCUCUAGACAUCGGUGAGGUGGGUUCUGUUGCUGAAUCGUUUGACGGCCGUGACGGAAAAAGUGUAACAUCCGAAGAUAACGACGGAGAUAAACUUGACCGGGAGGAACAAGAAUUUACUAUAGAGGACAGGUCUUUUAAUGAAACAGAUGACCAACACGAAGAAAGAAGGAAAACGUUUAAUGGGCCGGUUCAAGAGUUUGAAAGCCAGGGGAAUAAACACGUGGAAGAAGAGGAGAAAGAUGAUGACAGCUGUCAAAGUGACGAUACAGAGGAAGACAGUAACGAUGAAACUGCCGCCAUCGUAGAAAUCAACGAUAAACACACUUGUGAUGACGAGGGCGGUGCAGAUCUUGACACUAUUCCCGAAGGAGAGGACGUGGAGGGUAACAGUGAAGCCCAGGAUGAAGAAUAUUCUGUCUAUAUCAGUUCCCAAGGACAAAGCGACGAGUCAGACCUAGCUGGAAGAGUGAAAGAGCUCGGAAGAAUGUUCGAUCGAGGAGGUCCAGUGUUUCCUAAAACAGUAAAGAAUGACACCGACGCAGUUGAUGGAUCUCCUGUCAGCGUACGCAGGUACAAAGCGAUCUUUGAACAAGAUCAAUCGUCAGCAGAGAGAGCCCGAGAACCUGGACGAAGGGAGGAGUUAACGGGUCCUCCACGAGGCAUUGUCAAAAAUUUGCGAGGACUGUUUGAGAAUCCACAGGGUUUUGAGGCCAGGAAAGGAUAAGCUAUUGCUAUUUCAGUUUCAAUAACGGGCGUCAUGAAGUGAAAUCAAGAUCAAGAGAUGUGGUGCCGUUUAACCACAGAGACAAUGAAGCAUAUUCUCAUACGAAGAAUAUGAAGAGAGAUCUAUUAUAAACAUUUAUUAAAUAGGUGAUACUAGUGAUAACUAAUCAUAAAAUCUAGCCAAUCACUAGGCAUUUAUUAAACAACAUUACAAGUUUAACAGUCAGCAAUUUAGCUUUCAUGGCGUAGCAUGAAACAUGAUGAGUAAUUGUACAUACGAUUUUGAGGAUACCUUAAAUCGUAUUGGGAUUGUUUGCGUUUUUUGGGUAAAAACCGACAACUGCAGAAAUCCAAGUAUUAUAUGUUUCAUCAAGGAAGAACGAACGACGAUUGGGCAAUCUCAGGAGCAAAAAUAAGUACUUGCCGUCCGGCGUCUUUACUGAUUCAUUUCAUUGAUCAUGAAGUAACUAGAAAGUCACCUAAUCUCAAACAAAGGUCGGCACACCCUAAAGGACAUGUUUCUGGGACAAAAAGAAGUCUUUCUGGGACUUGAGGCGGAGAAAAGCUCCUUUGUGUGUACUCAUGGAACGCACGUUAACGCAAGGUGAUGUGCCCAAAGUGGAGUUUGGUUCAUUUCUAUGUUGUAGCAGGGACAGGUUGCAAGAGCAGUGCACAAGAUGCGACAUUGAAAAUUGAGGCCAUUUUGUCGCUAUUUCAUGACACAUGAAUUCAAACCAGCUGAAUUUCACUGUUCCAUGCAUCAUGUUCCGAGGACAAAUUUUGGCAAAAAUGUUUUGCAAAAACGGGCAUGUCACGCCAGAAAAACUGUCUCUGCAACAUGUCCCCUGGUGUGUGCCGACCUUAAGAAAAAUCAUAAAAGCACUCCCAAUUUGUUGCUAAGCGAGUAAGCCACGCAUGACCGACUGAAACCCGCAUAGAAAAUGGUACAUGCUGAUUUGCAUCAAUCAAAAUUGAUGGUUUUUGGCCAGAACUGUUUUUCCUCUAUAGAAGUAAACACUGUAAAGUUGCAAUAACGGAUGCUUGAAAGUUUGGGUACGAUCUUGCGAUAUUUCUGCUCAGUAAAACUAAAAGUAAAUAAAUAUUGCUUUGGUAUAACAGAACUGGAGCUUGCCUAGCUAGACCACUAACUCGCGCCUUCAACUGAUCAGUAAUGGCGUCUUGAAGACGUUUUUCGAGCGAGACCUGAGUAAUUAUUAAAAUAUUAUAAAAAGCAAAACAAAAAUAAUAAAACUGCUUGUUAUACAGUUAA